GCUUGUUUCAGUGGCUGCUCAGCAGUUGACUGGAAAACUUUCCGUUUGGAAUACUCGCGUAGCGCAGAAGAACAUAAACAACAACAGCAACAACGACAACAACAACAGAGAAAGUGACUGUCAACAGCAAAGCAAAUAAUAAUUUAUUGGAAAUAAACAGUUACUCACGAUGGCUAUGUGGUUACAACGUUUACGACUCUCAUGUGCUGUCGGCACAGCUCGUCAAAGCUUACGAAGCUUUGCCGCUGCCAGUGAGAAUAAAAACAGCAACAGCAACAACAAUAACCUUGACGCUUCUCCCAUAGAUGAGCGGCAUCCGUUGCGGGGUGUGCGUAUUUUAGAUCUCACGCGCAUCAUCGCUGGACCCUACUGCACCAUGGUGCUGGCCGAUCUGGGCGCCGAGGUGAUAAAGGUGGAGCGGCCCCAUUUCGGCGAUGAGGCGCGCAAAUGGGGCCCGCCAUUUCUAGAGAAGAGCGGCGAUGCGGCUUACUUUCUGGCGCCCAAUCGCAACAAGCAGAGCGUCUGCAUUGACAUGAAGCGUGGCAGGGAUCUGAUGCAGCAGUUGGUCAGCAAGUGCGAUGUGCUCGUGGAGAACUAUGUGCCCGGCACCCUGGAGCGCUACGGUCUGGGCUAUGAGCAGCUGCGGCAAGCGAAUCCACGUCUGAUCUACUGCACCAUCAGUGGCUAUGGAUCGGUGGGUCCCUAUGCCAAGCGACCGGGCUAUGAUGUGAUUGCCUCCUCCAUGGGCGGCCUUUUGCAUAUCACGGGCCAGCCUGACGGGCCGCCCAGCAAGGUGGGCGUGGCAGUAACAGAUGUUGCAACGGGUCUUUAUGCACACGGCGCCAUUCUGGCCGCCCUGCUGCAGCGGGAGCGCACCCAACGCGGCCAGAAGAUCGACGUGGAUCUGCUGUCCACGUGCUGCUCGCUCUUGAUCAAUGUGGCCAGCAACUACCUGAACGCCGGCAUAGAGGCCAAGCGCUGGGGCACCGCCCACUCCAGCAUUGUGCCCUACCAGAGCUUCAAGACAGCCGAUGGCUACCUGACCCUGGGCGCCGGCAGCGAUGCCCAGUUCGUGGAGCUGUGCAGCCGCCUGAACAUCGAACCGAUCGCCCUCGAUGUCAAGUUCAAGACCAACAAGGAUCGGGUCAAGAAUCGCGAAGAGCUAGUCAAUUUGCUUGCCAAGAUCCUGGCAAGCGACUCGUCCAAGAACUGGAUGCGCGUCUUUGAGGGCGCCUCCUUUGUGGUGGGGCCCGUCAACAGCAUACGCGAGGUGUUUGAGGACGAGCACAUCCAGGCCAUAGGCCUGGUCAAAACUCUGCCCCAUCCGCGCGAUGGCAGCGUCAAGGUCGUGGGUCCGCCGGUCGUCUACAGUGAAGCGCGCAACGAUGCACGCACCGCUCCGCCCAUGCUCGGAGAGCACACAGAUAAGGUGCUCGCUAAUCUUCUAGGCUAUGGAGCUGAGGAAAUUGCCGAGCUUCGCAGUCAGGGUAUCAUUCAGUAAAGGAUUCUCCCGAGAUCCUAUUACAUACAUAUGUAUAUAUGUAUAUAUCAAAAUAACCUAAUUACAUAGAGAAGAGCUUAAAGCUUGGGUCGCCUGCCUUAUAUCUAUUAGGAAUUUAGCUAAAACCUGUUCAUUAAUUAUACAAAAUUAACUUUUUAAUAUUCCAUGUUUUUACUUUCGUAUUUCCUUAUUUUAAAUGAUGAGAUAGAUCUACAAAAAUAGCCGAACUUAUAUAGCAUGCAGACAUUUCGUAAAUAGUCAUUCAGUUUAAGUAAACGUAAAAGUACAAUAUAUAUAUUUUGAAAAGGUCAGAGGGCGAGUAGAUCGAAGACCUUUUAAAUAUAUUUCCAAUGAAAUUUGUUCAUUUGUUUCAUGUAAGAUCUUAACUCAGGAAUUACCAGGCUAAAAGCUUCAAUCCAGACAUACUCUUGGCAUGAAGUAUCAAGACUAACAAUACAUAUAUCGGUGAGAAAUAAGAUUUUCACAAAAUUU